CAGAAAAGCGUUUCAGUGCACGUCCUACUUGUGAAGCUCUACAGCAGGGCGAUUUUGCGCGUACCCGUGACUCGCCAUAGAAAGCAACGCUGAGCGUAUUCCAUAACAGCUAGGGGUGCAGACUUGAAGAAUAUCUGAAUUUAUUCAGGAAACAUCAUGCUGAAUAUGGAUGUACAGUGGGUGUAGCAUCGUUGGAGACCGAGCCUUCUCGGCUGGGGUGACAGCAGGACAUUAGCGAAACUGACGAAAAUAACAUCAGUGUUUUUUUUCUCUGGGUGCUUUGUCUUGUCCACCUAACGAUAGCAAACCAUCAUUCCCAUUUCAGUUGCAAGAUAUUCAGCUAGUGACUACUAGCUGCCGCCGGGAUGUAUCAUCAUGUUGUCACCUUAAAGUAACUGGUAGGACGUUGGAUUGUGAAGGAAAAGCAGACAACCUCUCCGAGGUCCCAUCGGGUUGUCACCAGGACCUGAAUCUGUGUUAGCCACAGUCGCGGAACCCACUGUAUUCGGCGAUAUGGCGGAGCAGGGCUACUCAUCUUGGGCGUACUCCCUAGUUGACUCCAGCCAGGUGUCCACCUUCCUCAUCUCCAUCCUCCUCAUCGUCUACGGCAGCUUCAGGUCAUUAAACAUGGAUUGUGAGAACCAGGAGAAGGAUAAAGACGGUAACCCCACGACAACGGGGGCUUUCAAUAACAGCAACACAAACAGCAGUAUUCAAACUAUAGACUCCACACAGGCCCUCUUCCUGCCAAUAGGAGCCUCAGUGUCUCUGCUAGUCAUGUUCUUCUUCUUUGACUCGGUACAGGUGGUCUUCACCAUCUGCACUGCAGUUCUUGCAACAAUUGCGUUUGCAUUCCUCCUGUUGCCAAUGUGCCAGUAUCUGACCAGACCCUGCUCUCCACAGAACAAGAUUUCCUUUGGCUGCUGUGGGCGUUUCACUCUGGCUGAGCUCCUGUCCUUCUUCCUGUCUGUUAUGUUGGUGCUCAUCUGGGUACUGACUGGACACUGGCUUCUCAUGGAUGCUUUAGCCAUGGGCUUGUGUGUCGCCAUGAUAGCCUUCGUGCGGCUUCCCAGCCUGAAGGUGUCUUGCCUGCUGCUGUCAGGACUGCUCAUUUAUGACGUGUUCUGGGUGUUCUUUUCAGCCUACAUCUUUAAUAGUAAUGUGAUGGUCAAAGUUGCCACCCAACCUGCUGAAAAUCCCAUAGAUGUUCUGUCCAGGAAGCUCCACUUGGGCCCAGGGAUGGGCCGCGAUGUCCCCCGUCUCUCCCUACCUGGCAAACUGGUCUUUCCCAGCUCCACAGGAAGUCACUUCUCAAUGCUGGGAAUAGGAGACAUCGUGAUGCCAGGGCUGCUGUUAUGCUUCGUCCUGCGCUAUGACAACUACAAGAAGCAAGCAAAUGGGGAAGUCCCAUUGGCCGGACGCAUGCAGCGCGUCUCCUAUUUCCACUGCACUCUCAUCGGAUACUUUGUGGGUCUGCUGACUGCCACUGUGGCCUCCAGGAUCCAUCGUGCUGCUCAGCCCGCUCUGCUCUACCUGGUGCCCUUCACCCUGCUGCCUCUGCUCACUAUGGCCUACCUGAAGGGGGAUUUGCGGCGCAUGUGGUCCGAGCCCUUCCACACCAAGACUAGCAGCUCCCGUUUCCUGGAGGUAUGAUGCACCCUGGGAUAAACGACCAGUGUGGGGAGGACUAUGGAUCCUUUACCUUAAUAAGAGGGAAGGAGAGAGGGCACACUCCGAGUGAGGCCAUGUUGUCAUCACUUGUUCAUGCUUUCCGCCAAUCUUCUGUGAAAACCCUCAGAAGGACACCAGUGUGUGGAUCACAACGCCCCAACACAACUCAUCUUUGGUCCCUACUCCCUCCCCGUGUCAUCCCCGCUUCCUCUUUUCUGUUUAUUUCCUCUUCAUUAUAGCACAUCCUGCCUAUGCUGUUUUUGUUCUGCCCCCUGCCUCUCUCUCUUCCUUUUUCGUCUCCUCUAGUUAGUCUCAUUUGCCACUUCCCUCCCAUGGCUCAUUCUAUUCGCCAGGCCUCUUCUUUCUGCGCUUUCUUUAAUUUUCUCUGCAUCUCUGUUUGUCACUGACUCAGAUGAACUCGAGGGCCAGGCCUCCCCCCUUUUUGUGGACUUAAGGUUGUGAGACACGGCUGGGGUUUAUAUAUAUUUUUUUAGCAUUGUCGUGGUCAUUAUUAUUAUUAAUAUUAUUAUGGAACAAUUUAAACAAACAAAGAAGAGGCGGAGUGUUGCAGUGGCACAGGACAGUGCUCGGGAGCAGCGACACAGUAAAGGAGAAGAGUCUUCCCCCUCCAUCCAUCUCCCCCUACUCCCCCUCCCCCCCCUGCGCUUUCUUCAUCUGUCCCAUCAUCCCACCAUAAUGGCUUCAUCCCAGCGCUCCUGCCCUCCUCUGACACUCCCUGUGAGCCCCACCCUCCUCCUCUCUGUUCAUCUGCUGUCCCCAUUCCCCACCCUCACAGAUAACUAUGUAUUUUAUUUAGAAAAGUUUUAUUCUUGGCAUAUACAGAAAUGAUGCAUUAUAAAUUGUUAAGCUGUCCCCAGCGUUUGAGGGGCCGCUUCUAUUUGUAUAUAUGUGUAUUUGCGGUAUCUUGAGUUUGUAUUUGUGUUCGGGAGCAUGUUGAAUAGGGUAGGAAACUGACAUCAGCCAACAGGUGAAUUUUGGUGAAUUUUGGCUGCCAGUUGUGCUGAGUCGACUGGUGAGCCUUCAUCAUUUAGAGGUUGUUUUCUAAAGUUUGUUAGCUUGUGUGAUAGAAACGUAGCUGAUGGAAAAAACAAAACAUCUGCAUCGGUGGCUGGUUGAUGAAAAAGUUUCCUGCUCUGUGUGUGUGUGUGUGUGUGUGUGUGUGUGUGUGUGUGUGUGUGUGUGUGUGUGUUUUGAGUGAAUGGUUGUUUUACUUGGUUUUAAUUUGAUGAUCAUGAAAACGGUGACAAUAGUCAGGUUUCCAUUGAGCUGGGCGUGUUAGAUCAAACUGUGUCAUAAAGACGGAAACAGUUUGCGUCUAACUUGUCAAAAAGUUACAGGAAACGCAACAGGGGUCAUCUUUCUUUUUAUCAGUCUUUCUGCGGACAGGUUGAAAUGUAAACUGUGUUUUUUUGUUUUUUUUUUCAAAUAAAUGAAUGUUGAAUUAA